AUACAAAAUUUGCCGACUAACAAGUAAAAACAAUAAUCUUAAAAUAAUUAUAAAUUUGUAACUGGAGUGUUGACUGUUGACUGUUGACGUUGAUGGAACAGUAAAGUUGUAGUCUUGUCGUUUUUCUUGUACGAUACCGUCUUGGCAGUAACAAUAGUUUCUAGUACCUGCAUACUAUAUUUUAUUUCGUGUAAGUCUCGAGUUUCUAAAGAGUAAGAAUGUCUUGGAUACCUUUAGAAUCCAACCCGGCGGUGAUGAACAAGUUUUUGCAAAAUUUGGGAGUACCAAGUGAGUGGGAAAUAUGUGAUAUUUUUGGAUUCGGGCCGGAUGAACUUGCUAUUGUUCCUAGACCAGUUGCUUCUGUCAUUUUGUUAUUCCCGUACAAUGAUGCUUAUCAAAAACGUAAAGAUGAAGAAGAGUUAAAAUUGAAAGAUAAAGGUCAACAAGUAUCAGAUGAUAUAUAUUUUAUCAAGCAAUAUGUACACAAUGCUUGUGGAACUAUGGCUUUAAUUCAUAGUGUUGCUAACAAUAGAGAUAAGAUAAUAUUAAAUGAUGGUAUAUUAAAACGUUUUUUGGAUGAUGGAAAAGAUAUGUCUCCAAGCGACCGCGGUGAGAUGUUAAAAAAAGCUGAAGAUAUAAUUAAUACUCAUAGAGAAAUCGCUAUUGAAGGACAAACUGCGGCACCCAAUCCAGAAGAUGUGCCACCUUAUCACUUUAUCGCAUUUGUUUGCAAAGAUGGAAACUUAUAUGAAUUAGAUGGCGGUAAGUUUGAUCCUAUUAAUCAUGGAUCUACAACUCCAGAGUCGUUGCUUGAAGAUACAGUUAAUUUAAUCCAAGAAAAAUUUGUUGUUCAAGAUCCUGAUAGUUUAUACUUUACCCUGCUGGCAUUAUCAAAUGUAAGCGAUGCUUACUAAGGAUUCAAAAUUGCUUCAUUUUUACAUUUACUGAUACAUUUUUUAAUUAUAUAUAUUUUUUUUUUAUUUUCAAGCUGAUUUAAAAUAUUAA